AUGCGCAAGGUGUUCCGCCCUCCCGGCGGAGUUACUCCUCCCCGCCACCAAGCUACGCAUGCGCAGGGUUUUUUCGCCAAAUUGGUGUGGCGCUUCUCUGACCGAUCCCUGCGCGGCGCCAUGGAGGCUUCGCUGCUAGUCUUGCCGCCUCUGUGCCUGGCCUGUGUCAUCGAGGCCCUGGGCGACGGCGGCGCCUCGCUGGUGCGAAGGAAGCACGUGCUGUCCUGCUUCCGAGACAUCCUGGCCUGGCACGUGGUGCCAGUCAUCCAGCUGCUGGCUCAGGACGAAAGGGUGUGCAUCCAUUUCAUAGGAACCCUGUUUGGGAUGUUGCAUACUGUGGAAGACAACAGUGCACUGGACCUGUCCAUUGAAGUGCUGGUGAUGCUUGUCAUGAAGCUGAAGUCAGAGCAGUACAUACACUAUGUGUUGGAUGAAAGCCAGAAAGAGUUAUACAAGCCAGCCACCAUGAGAGGCAGUCUGCCCACAUUUAUUCUCCUGGGCAAGCUGGCUGAUGCUAUCCCAGUCUUUGCUGAUAUGUUAGUGAUUGCACAUGGUAAUUUAGUGGAUCACCUGUUGACAGGCUUGAUGUACCCCAAUGAGGGUGUAAAGGCAUCUGUCUGCUAUCUGUAUGGCAAGCUGUACUCUUCCUCCAUCGGUGCAGAUAAGCUCUCGGUGCACUUCACAGAGAAGCUGUGUGGCCUCUUUCUAGCUACCCUGGGGAAUGCACAGACAAAGGAGCUGCAGGUUAAUUGCAUGGGUUUGCUAAAGGAGCUGCUGAAAUCUGAUCACUUUGUAUCAGUUAUUAUGAGUAGUUCAGGAAGAGAGGCAGAUUCUGAAAGUGCCAGUUUGUUAGAGGGAGAAACCCCCCUGCCACUGGUGCUCAAAAAGCUGUUGCUGUCCAGGGAUGAGACAUUACAGGUGGCAAGCACUCAGUGUAUGGCUGCUGUCCUGGUGCAUUCUCCAGUCAAAUAUGCUCCUGCCUUUAUCCAUGCAGACAUUCCAGAGUUCCUGUUUGACUGCCUCUCCUGCACUAGCGAAGUUCUCAUCUGGUCAGUUUACUGCUGCCUGCUACUUCUAACAGAGGAGUGGCUUUUUUUUUCCAAGUGUCACACAGUUUAUGGCAUUGAGUCUCUGGUGAGAAGUCUCAGAGAGAUCCUGCUACUGAACAAUGUGGAGCUGCACAAGCAGGGGCUCCUGCUAUUCACUGAAAUACUGAAACGGCAGCCGAGGGAAAUCAAGUUAUUCACAAACCAUGCCAUGUGCAAAAAUGCCAUUAGUGUUCUUAUGGAGGCAGUCAACUGCCCGGUGCUGGAAGUAGCAGCAGAGGCUGUGAAAGCUGUGGCUGCUCUUUUGAGGAAGGACCAUUUGAGUUCCCCCCCAAUGCCAUAUGAAGAGCUGCAGACCCUGAUGGAAGCUGUGCUGAAGCGAUGUGCUGACCUCUCCUUGCCAUGCAGUAGCAGAAGGCCUGCAGGUGACCUCCUCUUCUCAGUAGCUCAGAGUCACUCAGGAAACAGAAACCAGACCAGAGCUCUCCUCAGGCAGGGGCAAUUCCUGCUCAGCACCUUGGACGGCUUCAGAAAUGCUUGCAGGUUGGCAGUGGAAUGUCAAAGUGAUCCCUCAGCUCAGGAGAAUGCUUUUACUGCUCCCAGCUCAGAGAGUGAGAAUACCCUGAGCAACUUCUCUGCAUUUCUGCUGAGGAUUUGUGACCAUCUUUGCAUCCCUCUAGUCAUGAAGUAUUCUGAACAGACUGUCAGCCCAACUCUGAUGGAGGUUUUCAUCUCAACCCUUAACACCCUGUUCACCAUGGUGCCAAACAUGUGUGAGAAGUUCUCAAGAAAGCUGGUGUCCUCCUCUUUCAUCCGACUGACACUGGAGCUGAAGGUCAAAUUCUGCUCUGGACAGAGCAACCCUGCUUUGAAUCAGGCCUGUUCUUGCUUCCUCUACAAUGUGUGCCUGAGUCUUCAUUCAACUGCAGAGAAGAUGAAGAAGUCUUCCCAGGAGGAGCAAGAGAUGUCUGAGCUCCUGCAGAGGAGUCUGCCUCAGUUAAACUACAGUGUGCCUGAAGGCCUCAUCCUCCUGUCAGAAACCGCAGAGCCAUUUUGUUUAGAUGAAGCCCUUCGCAGCCACCAGUAUUGCUUCCUGCUUCUCUUGUACUUUGCCUAUACCAUGGAAGACAGAUUUGUUCCAGAAGCAGAAUUAUUCUCAGCCAUAAGGAGUUUCCUUCUGUCAGUGCAGGAUCAGGGAGACUGUCCCCCUCCAUAUGUGUUCAGAGCUGUUCUUUACCUUCUGGCUAUAUGUCAAGACAAAGGCGAAGCCUUAGACUUGAGUCCUCUGUGUGCCAUCAAGAGGAUCGUGGAGAAUAUAUCAGAUGUGGGCUCAAUCUAUGUUCACCAUCCUCUCCUGCUUAAAUUCUUCCUGCGUUAUUCCGAGCUUGUGGGCAGGUUUGGUCACCAGAUUCUUCAACUCUGGUUUUCCUGGGAAGACUGCAGUCAAAUGGAGAUUGAAGAUGCUGCCUCUGAACUCUCCUCUGGCUUGCCUGAUUGCCCAAAUGGCUUUAACAGUUUACUUCAUAUCCUGAAAGGCAACUCCAGCAUUUUACUCAUUUUACUGGAUCUCGUCUGCUCAAGCACCAUGGAAGUGGCCCACAAGGUGCUGAUGACACUGAAGGUCUUCUUGAAAAGAAACGAGAAUGUCUUGGUCUGUGACCUUCUCCGAAGCCAGUUUCUCCAGAUUCUGCAACAGCUGCUGGUGGAGAGCAGCUCUGCAACUUUACAAGCCAACAGGAACCUGCCAUUGUUACUGAGCCUCAUCUUUCUAGUGCAGCUGAGGAAUGAGGCUGAGAGAGAGCUGGACAGCACAGACUUCAAGCUGCUCCACCAUGUCAGCAACCUCUGUGGGAAGUGCAGACGGGAUGAUACAGAGCUCCUGCAACCCUCCUUGAACUUCCUGUAUUGGAGCCUUCACCAGACAAUGGUCUGCAGCCAACAGAGAGUGGUGGCCGUGCUGCUCUCCAGUGUUCCUUUGCUGGAGCUGCUCCAGAGAGUGCUGGAUGUUACCUGGACAUGGCCAUCUCCCUCUGAACCUGCUUUAUCAUCCUCAGAGGAGGCACUUCUCUGCUCUGCUUGGCUGCUGACUGCUUCCCUCCUAGCUCAUCAGCACAGUUACAACAGCGAGAAAGAUCUGGUGCUUUCUCAAACUGUGGUUGCCUGCCUGGAGGCCCUGAUGGAGUACCUGCAUGUGAAGAACCAGGACACUGCUCUUCACGUUAUUUCACAGCCCUGGAAUCGGUUUCUACUGUUCACACUACUCAGUGGUGGUGAGAAGUCCUUCCUUUGUCCAGAAAUUCUCAGACUUUUGACUUUGUUUGCGAGGUAUCAGAACAACACUAUUAUUUCUCAAAGUGAAAUUAGCCAGAUCCUCCAAGAGGCAACAAAAGCCAAUUUAUUAGAGCUUCCUGAAACCACAUCCCAAGCUCUUCGCCUCUUUCUUCUUCAGGUCCAGAGCAGGCGCGAUCAGAGAGAGCCAGCCCAGGCAGAGACCAUUCAGACCUUACUGGAGACCCUCCCACCAAGGACCAGGACUUCUCUAAAGAAUCCAGACAUGAUAUGCCUGGGAGGAGUGGCAGUCUCUCUCUCACACGUCAGAGACUGAUAUAAGAGGCGGGACAUACAGAUAAUUGAGAAAUAGGGAACAGAUGGAAUAAAAGACCAUUUCUAACUUCCUUGCCAGGCAGUGGUUUGGAGAAGGCUUAUAACAGGAGUGAUUUCUAGCCUGCUUUUGAAAGCUGUUUGUUCUGUUGUUGGAAAGCAACCACAAAAUAAAAUUUUGGAAUGUCCCUCUCUCU